GCCAAUCGAGCACCUUAGCCGAGGAUCCAAGCAAGUGUUUCCGGUUCCGCUGGAGGGGUCUCCCUGGUGAGCUCUAGGCCUACUGACCGGCUGGAGUGAAGUGUUCGGGUGAUCCCUGAGGGACGUCAUGUUUUCCAGAAAAAGGAAAGCCAGAAGACAGGGAGACUCCGGAAUUCGAAAGAGAGUCGGUAACAAAAUGUGUGAAUGACAGAGGUGGUGCCAUCCAGUGCCCUCAGCGAGGUCAGCCUGCGCCUCCUCUGCCACGAUGACAUAGGCACCGUGAAGCAGCUGUGUGGCGACUGGUUCCCCAUUGAGUACCCAGACUCAUGGUAUCGUGAUAUCACAUCCAACAAGAAGUUCUUCUCCCUUGCUGCAACCUACAGAGGCGCCAUCGUGGGAAUGAUAGUAGCUGAAAUCAAAAGCAGGACCAAGAUACAUAAAGAGGAUGGAGAUAUUCUAGCCUCUAGCUUCUCUGUGGACACACAAGUUGCAUAUAUCCUAAGUCUGGGAGUAGUGAAAGAAUUCAGAAAGCACGGCAUAGGUUCACUUUUACUUGAAAGUUUAAAGGAUCACAUAUCAACCACUGCACAGGACCACUGCAAAGCCAUCUACCUGCAUGUCCUCACCACCAACAACACAGCGAUAAACUUCUACGAAAACAGAGACUUUAAGCAGCAUCACUAUCUCCCCUAUUACUACUCCAUCCGAGGGGUCCUCAAGGAUGGCUUCACCUACGUGCUCUACAUCAAUGGCGGCCACCCUCCCUGGACAAUCUUGGACUACAUCCAGCACUUGGGCUCUGCACUAGCCAACCUGAGCCCCUGCUCCAUCCCGCACAGGCUCUACCGCCAGGCUCACAGCCUGCUCUGCAGCUUCCUGCCGUGGUCGAGCAUCUCCACCAAGGGCAGCAUCGAGUACAGCCGGACCAUGUGAUGCCCGCCCCUUGGGACCCCGCGGAGCCCGCCCUCCUGUCCAUCUGACCUCUGCUGUCUUUUGCAAAGGCACUGGCGGCCACCUGCCGGGCCCGUUGGUCUGCCCACUGCAGGCCCGGUGCUACGUGGGCUCCGGAGCAGAAUAUAUCCUACAGGUACCCCAGAGCAGAUGGUGAGACAUGGGGAGCCCAGCACUUCCAGCAACAAAAACAGAAGGCUCGAGCAGGCAGGUUGGAAAGCCAAGGUCUGGGGUAGUUCCUGAGCAACUCACAGAAACUUCGUGACAGAGAGCAGGUGACCAGAGAUGCCCAGAGUCCCUGGCCAGAACUUUUAUCUUUUUACUUCCUGAACGGCUUUUUUUUGUUGUUAAAAUAAUGCGAUCACAUGGUUCAAAAUUGAAAAGGUACAAAAAGAUCAAGUCCCUCCUACCCCUGUCCCCCAGUCACUUAGCUUCCUCUUGAGAGAGGCACCCAGUGCGCCUGUGUCUUGGGUGUGUUUCCAGGAAUUCUACAUGGACAUGAGCCUUAGCACCAGCACCACCUCCCCCUCAUCUCCACGGGGCAUGCUCAAACCAAAGCACCUGGUAGGUGAGGGCUCUGCUCAGAUGCAGCUGCCUCUGGUCACCAUGAAUGUUGCAGGCAGCUGGUCUCUCCUGGUUCUCAGAGCAGAGCUGGAACAGGUCCUGUGGACUCCAGAGUCUGCCC